GUGGAACAUAUUUUUUUUACAAUGCUGACAUUGAUUUUGGUUUGCGCUUUUAUUUCCUUAGUGUUUGGUCACGGAGACCAUCAGCAUUCCCUAUACUACCCGGAAGUAUCCGAGCAUGAGGCCAAAUCAUUCCUACACAAAAGACAUGCUGGACAUACUGCUCUGAGUUCUACCGCGUCUCCGGACCCAGCCUACUGUACACAGCUAUUACCGGGAUAUGAAACUUGGUGUGAACUUCACAUACCCUAUUGUCAAGAACAACAAGAAUAUACAAGAGAACAGAGGUGUGCAACCUUGACAACACCUUGUGCACCAGGCCAGUUCUGUAUGUUGACCACCCCCUGUCCAGCGCACUUCGCGCAUGCUUGUGUUGACAUAAACGAAUGUGACAGCAACCCUUGUCAAAACGGAGGGACGUGCCACGAUGGUAUAAGCAAGUACACGUGCACGUGUUUACCUGGCUGGACAGGGACCAACUGUGAGAUAGAUAUUGACGAGUGUUUGAGCUUCCCCUGUAUGUACGGGAACGACUGCAUUGAGGAUAGAAUCAACAGCUAUAAGUGCGUCUGUAGUGAGAGAUACGAAGGAGUUCAUUGUGAAACAGAUUGCAGACCAGGUCCUGUUGACGUCAUGUUCUUAGUUGAUACGUCAUGGAGUCAAAGUGAGGCCAUGAAUAGAUCCAUUGCUUACAUGACCAAAUUCAUAAAACAUGUUCCCAUAGGAUCUUACGACUUUCAAGUGUCCCUCGUGUCUUUUGCUUCCAAACCAGAACUGGUCUUUAAUUUCACAGCUUAUCGGAGUAAUUCAAGUCUCCUUGAUGCAGUUUCUUUCAUAAGGAAUGAAAGGGGAGCGACUAAAACAUCAGAUGCACUUUCGUUUAUUUCACAGGAAAUCCUAAAUCCAGCAAAUGGCGCUCGUCUGCUAUCUAACAUCAGUCACUAUGUAGUACUUUUAACUGACGGACUGUCAACAGAUCGGGCCCAAGCUAUUCAAAGAGCACAGAUCCUGAAAGCCACAUAUUUAGGAUUCAAGAUCUUUGUGGUAGGUGUCGGUGAAGAUAUUGGUCAUGAAGAACUAGUGCAACUCUCUACGGACCCUUCGUACACGUUUGCCCCUGAUAACGACGAUCUCUUGUUCGCGAUGUUAAAAGAUGCAACGGACUACGGUUGUACAGAUUGCAAUAGUUCCUCUGUGACUGAUGUUGUUAUCCUCUUCGAUACUUCGAAAGACUCGAGUCCACUGGUGGAAAACUCCCUCCAUUCGCUGAAAGUGGUCGAAAAACUGUUUGAUUCCUUUGACACAACGAAUACAAAUGUUAGCGUGGCAAUGAUGACGUAUAGCAAUGAUACUCAAAUACAGUUCGACUUUCAUCAAAGAUCAAUUCCAGACACUAAGGCUAAAUUGUACACAGUCUCCAUCGAAGACAAGAAAGGAAACACAGCUUUCGCUCUAUCGCGUUUGCAAGACGAAUUGUUUAACAGAAGUUCAACAGGCAGCAGACCCAAUGCAAGAAAAAUUUGUUAUCUAUUCACAAAUGGAAAUUGGGCAAAAACUGAUAUAUUACGCAUAAAACAACAAAUAGUGAAUUUGCAUAAUGAUGGAAUAAGUGUUAAUAUAAUGGUACCUUUUGAGAUUACAGAUUCAGGGCUACACAGAACUUUGGAGAAUGCUAAAGAAGCAGCAUUUGACCCGUAUAGGGUUUAUAUGAUAGAGGAUAAUGGGAACUCUAUAUCCAUGGCAGUAAAAUCAGCAGCAAGAGACACAAAAUAUGUGGAAUGUCCACCUAAUAUUUUCGAUUUGAAAAAUUAAAAAUGAUAAUAUAUCAUUAUAA